AUGAAUUAUUUGGCGGUAAAUAUAAGAGGAAUUGGGGGUGUGGAGAAGCCGAAGUGGAUAAGUAAUUUAGUUAAGGAAAAUAAAAUUUCGUUUUUUUGUAUACAAGAAGUUCAAGUCUCUAACGUUGAUCCAAUAACGGUCGGAAGAUACUGGGGAAAAGCGGAUAUGGAAUGGGAAUUAGUGGAUGCUAGAGGAAGGCCAGGGGGAUUGAUUUCAGUCUGGGAUCUAGGGAUGUUCUCAAAACAAAGAGUAGUCAAACAUGAUUCGUUCUUACUAACUAGUGGGACUUUGGCCGGUAGUAAUAUGUACAUUAAUAUUGUCAAUGUAUACGCUCCUUGUGAUUUUAUGAGAAGACGAUCGUUGUGGGAAGAUCUAAAGUUAAUCAAGGAAUCAUCAAGUGAAGGAGUAUGGAUCAUGGCAGACGAUUUUAAUGAAGUUAGAGAGGAACAAGAGAGGUUGAACUCAAGAUUUGAUAACCAAGGUGCAAUGAUCUUCAACAACUUCAUAGCCGAAGCAGGGUUAGUUGAAUAUCAGAUGAGUGGAUAUAAAUUCACAUACAUGUCUGAUGAUGGAUCAAGUCUUAGUAAAAUAGAUAGGAUUCUCAUGUGUGAUGGUUUUAUGAACAAAUGGCCUAUAGCUUGGUUUGAAGAAUUAACAAAACAUGUUUCGAACCAUAGUCCACUCCUACUAUCUUCUAAGAGUGCUGAUUUUGGAACAAUCCCAUUUAGAUUCUAUAAUAGCUGGCUGGAAGAAGAUGGUAUAGGUGAAGUGAUAAAGAAAGUCAUGGAGGAGUCAAUAAAUGGGGGUAAUGGUAUGAAAGAGUUGGCAAACAUAUUAAAGAAUCUCAAAAUUGGAAUAAAAGAAUGGAGGAGGUUAGCGAAAACACAGGAGGAAUAG